AAAUCUUAUAGCCGAACGUGUGAGGCUGUAUAACCAGUCAAGAAUAACCAAUACAAUGGCGAUUGCCGAUGUUAUGGAUGACGUAGAUUACAAAACAAUCAAUUUCAACAUAGAGGAAGCAGAAUUCAGACACCCGUUAUGGCUAACAGAAUCACAUUUUGUUUAUAACCUCUAUAGAGACGAUGAAGGUCAUCUGAACUGUCAUAGAAAUGCUGCAGGCGAUCCUAUUCUUUCACCUAGACCAUUGGCAAAAAUGUGCAUGAAUGAGCUAGUCUGUGAAGGGAACCAAAUAUCAGUAUUUGAAACAGACGCUAUUCCAGCUGAUCUGUAUCCAAAAUUGCUGGCGGAGGCCAUUUUUCAACGACAAUUGCAGACUAUUGACUUUUUAGUAUCAACAUGGCCACACUCCAUCCUAGAUCUUCAAAGUGUUAUGCCAAAGGAAGACCUAGUGGAAGCUCAACUGCUGACGAUACCAAUAGAGGGACAUGACGGGAUAACGUUUUUGGACUGUAUAAUGUGUGGACUUCUUAGACAAAAGUAUUCUUCGAGAUUGAGAACAGUAAACCUAUCUGGAUUCAAACAAGAUCGCACGCUUUGUCGUGAUAUCUGCCGUCUUCCAUUAUUGUGGAUGCCACCCGCAGAAAGAGAUACUGAAAAGAUUUACGACAUUUUAUCACAAACUAUAGAUAUAACUGAAGAAAAGGUGCAGAAAUAUCUGAACAGAAUAAAGUGCAUUUAUACAACAAUGGACGCUCAUGUUCCACAUGGACACCAAUUUCCACCAAUCACUAUUAUAUUGGACUGUAAAAUGACUUUAGACGAUGUUCCUAUUGGUUUGGCCUUACAGAAUGAGACUCCAUUCAGAUUUGCUUGUCAGAGGCUGUGGACAGAACGUAUAAGUGACGUCAAUCUACCAUUAAACUUACUACAUAGAGUACUGGAACCGAGGGACCUAACUGAACUUGAAAUAGAAGACCGAAAUCUCUGUACAGAUGACGACAACAUGGAGAUUUUACUUGAAGCAUUGUCAUUGCUACCGAACAUAAAAUCACUAAGUCUCCCAAAUACCAUACACAGUAACGAAAACGAGGCAGCAGUGAAAGGACUGAACAAAGUACUGAGAACGAUGACCAAUCUGAAGAAAUUAAACUUUCCUCUUUGUAACUUAAAAGAUAAUUUACGUGACCUUUUGACCGGACUGCAGCAGACAAUGACGUUUUUGUCGCUUAGAGACUGUCGUCUGUCCGAAGCAGACGUGUUGUUCCUGCUAGAAUGGCCGUUAACACGAGGUUUGUUUGACCUGAAUGUAAGCAGAAACAAUCUUCGGAAUUCAUACCAAAGUAUUUUAUCUCUUUUAGAAAAACUAGAAGAAAUCCGAUGUUUUUCAUUGUCUUAUUGUUGUUUUAGUCCUGCAGAACUAAGAAACAUUGUUGAAGUUGCUUCUAAAUGUACAAACAUUAAAACUCUUGGAAUCCAAAGUUUCACGCCAUUAUCAGAAGCCGAUAGUCAAAUGAUUUUGAAAGGAUGUUGUUUGUUGACAAACCUGCAGAAAUGUCUUAUGUUACCAGAAUGUCACGCCUUUUUAGGGAGUAAUGAUUUAGAUAGGUUUGAUAACAGAGAAAAAUAUUUGGAAUUUUGUGACAACAUACUAUCAGAUUUAAAACGUGAUGAUAUAGAACUUGAAUAAGUGUAUAUAACAAACAACUUUUAUUUAUUUUCUUAUUUAUUCUUUUAUGAACCAAAGCUACCUCCUUUUUAUUUUUACAAAGUCAUCUCUAAUUUGGAUUCGGUAAAACAAUAAAGGUGUUUCUAACCUUUUAUGGUACAUUUUUGCUGAAAUGCAACAAGUAUUAAAAUGAUAGUACGUCGAAACUGAAAGAAGUUAUUGGAGCAUACAUGUAUCAUGGGAUAGAUGGACAUCCCAAAUUAUGAAUUCUGGGCCGUACCUGCAACAUGAUUGUUAAUCGAUAUCAACAGAUACUGAAUUACGCAAGACAUCAGUAAUGUGUUGAUAUGUAACAAAUAUUGAAAGUGGAUGGACACACUUUCCUGAAAAGAAAACGUAAAAAAAAUUGUGCUUAUUCAGCACAUAUCGAAAAAGGGUGCAAGUUUAGGAAAAAUGAGGUGGAAGAAUUUACUGUCCAAUCCAUUCAUGUGUGAAAUCGUUUGUAUUAUUCAGACACAAUUUUGCUUGGCAAAUUAUAUAUGUAAAUCAGCUUUAGUUUCAGUUUACAUUUCCCAUGCAUGAUUUGAAAGCACAUCCUUUACAUUGUAUAGACUCAUUAAUUAAUUCAAAAGAAUCAGAACAUCAAAGAUGUCAUGCAACCUCUCAUUAUUAAUGUAACUUGUUUUAUUUUGUACAAUUAAAAAUAAAAACAUCAU